AUGGCAUACUCAUCUGGAUCAUCAUCUGAUAACCACACUGUUCUCGCUACUAGGAAUCGUGACAACGACCUGUGCGCUUGUCGUUAUCCAAAGAUAAGCGUAGAAAGGAUGUCGAUGUCAGAUAAGAAUCCAGCUCGUAGAUUUCAUAGCUGCGUUGACUCUUUGGUGGAGAUGGCAGCUGAGAAGUGUAAAUACUUCAAGUGGAUCGAUGAUGAGCUGACACCACACUACAAGAAUGCUUUCAACAAUCUCAAGUAUGAGUUGAAACUAAUGAAAGACAGUAGUUACGUUGCAAGACUAGAGAGAAGGGUAGCUUUGCUAGAGAACCUAAAUGCUGAAGCCAUUGCUGCUAAAGAAAUUGUUGAUGGUGAGCUAGCCAUGGCUGUUGAAGAAAAGAAACAACUGAGGGGUGAGUUGAAGUUCAUGAGGUUGAAGUUCAGGAUUGCUAUGAUGUUUCUUGUGCUUCUUGCUGUUGUGUUGAUGAUGCAGAAACCAAAGGUGGUGGGAUAUAUAUGGUUGGGGCUAAGGGAUUGGGCGUAG